UUGGUUUUGCGUUACAACCGGUAAAGCCGGUGCUCUUGCGCUGCAGUGACGUAAAUCCACGGGAAGGCCGCUCAAGAGACAUCUUGUCAAUCAGCAAACAAAUUGUGCGACUGCUUUCACAGUUAAUGCAUAGGCAUGGAUCUCAGCAGUAUUUUGGCCCUUAGCCCCAUUUUUCUGACAGUGCUCUCUGGCAUCGCAAUAAUCAUUUAUUUCUCUAAGAAGGCCGUGCCAAGUCAUGAAUCUUCAACUGGAGGUGCUUCAUCUGAAGCUGCAGGUGAUGUCAGUGCAUCUACAAAUGCCAGUAAGCCCAAAAAGAAGCCUGAGAAAGCCCCACCACACAGAGAUAGCAAGUUCAAGUUCAGCCACGCUUGGCUGUCAUCAUCAUUGAAAGGCCACAAUGAAAAUGUGCUGGACAUGAGCUUCAGCCCCAAUGGAAAAUACUUGGCUUCCUGCUCCAGUGACCGCAGCGUGCUGCUGUGGCAGACCCGCCAUUUCGCCGAGCGCGAGCACAAGUCGACGCGAGUCAAUGUCGAGUACGACCACGCCACGGGUGUCAGCUGGAGCCCCGACAACCAUGCCCUGUUGGUGGCCAAGUUCAAUGAGAACCGGCUGCAGGUGUACAAGCUGAGCAAGAAGCCCGAUGGUGUGCUGGGCAACCCGCAGGUGGCGCUCACCUUUGAUAAGCUGGACGACGACCCGCUGGUGGGCAGCGGCAUCUCCAGCUCGGGCCGUUACGUCAUGUCGUGCUCGGAGCACGGCCGACUCACCGUGUUCGACCUGAAGGGCGCCGUGCUGGCCGGCACCGACACGCGCCAGGUCACCGUGCAUGCCGCCCGCAUCUCGCCCUGCGGCCGCUUCAUCAUGUCGGCCGGCUUCACGCCGGAUGUCAAGGUGUGGGAGGUGGUGUUCACGCGCUCGGGCGAGUUCGACAAGCUCAGUCGCGCGUUCGAGCUGAAGGGCCACACGUCCGGCGUGCUCGACAUCUCGGCCACCCCCGACAGCUUCCGCAUGGCCACUGUCAGCAAGGACGGCACCUGGCGCCUCUUCAACACUAACGUGGAGUACCGCAUCGGCCAGGACCCGCAACUGAUGCAGUCGGCCGAGUGCGGCGACGGUGGCACCGCCACGCGGGUCGCGGUUGCUCCCGACUGCAGCACGGUGGCCGUGGCCAGCCGCGCCGAUGUGCGGCUCUUCUCGGCCGAGACGGCCGAACUCAUGGCCACGGUGGCGGCGCUGCACACCGGUCCCAUCACGAGUCUGCUGUUCGACCCGACCAGCCGCUACCUGCUGACAGCAGGCGACAAGCACAUCCGUAUCCUGCACAACGUGCCGGGCUGCCGGGUCAAUAUUCAGGUGAUGAAGGAUAAGCUGGCCAAGACCACCAACAGCACGCUGAAGGAGCGGCUGAACGCGCAGGUGCGCGAGCUGCAGGCCUUCCUGGACUCGCUGAAGGAGUAGUGGGGCGAACGUCCCGGCCUGGACCUCCGACGUGGAUCGGCGGAGGACGGUAGCGGCGAGGACCGCAGAGCAGGCGACGGGGCGGGGCUUUGAAGCUUUGGGGUAUGGUGGAUUAACCCUGUGCAUACAAAUUACGGGCACUGACGGCGUUGGCGCGCGUUGCGCCGCUGUUUUUGGUUGAAGUGGACCCAUUCUCGACGAUCGUGCCGAGGGCGCGUGUCCGCUGCUGAGAACAUACUGCAUGCCAUGCGUGCUGUUGUUGCGCACGCUCCGACCCGCGCGCACGCUCGCCGUGCUAGGCGGGCUAUGCGGUGACCAUUUCCGUCACGAUGACUGCCAGACGCACGGAGUGUCCCCACACGCUGGCGGUGACCACUUAUUUUGUGAUAUGCCGUGGAUUUGCCGUUUCACUUCAACCUCCGAUGAAGUCGAGCGGCCGUGACGUUUUCCGAUGGCAUUAGGAAGCGGCGCCCGCGACGCGGGGUCUGAAUGCGUGCCACAGGUUGAGACCUAGCCCCUGCGAUGGCAUGCACGAGAAAAAUAGUCACACGCAUAAAUUGUGCAGUGCUCAGCGUGAUUUCAUUUCAUUUUGCCCGAAAACAAACGUUUCUUUUCGUUCAAUUGAUGCGAACUGUUCAUAUGGGCCUCGCGGGCAUGUCUCCACGGGAGCCAUCGGUCUCGCGGGCAUGUCUCCACGGGAGCCAUCGGUCUCGCGAACAUGUCUCGACAGGAGCCAUCGGUCUCGCGAACAUGUCUCGACAGGAGCCAUCGGUCUCGCGAACAUGUCUCGACAGGAGCCAUCAGUCUCGCGGGCAUGUCUCCGCAGGGGCCAUCAGUCUCGCGGGCAUGUCUCCACGGGAGCCAUCGGUCUCGCGAACAUGUCUCGACAGGAGCCAUCAAUCUCGCAAACAUGUCCCCACAGGGGCCAUCAGUCUCGCGGGCAUAUCUCCGCAGGGGCCAUCAGUCUCGCGGGCAUGUCUCCGCAGGGGCCAUCAGCCUCGGGGGCAUAUCUCCGCAGGCGUCAUCAGUCUUGCAAACAUGUCUCCGCAGGGGCCAUCAGUCUCGCGGGCAUGUCUCCGCAGGGGCCAUCAGUCUCGCGGGCGUCUCCGCAGGGGCCGUCAGUCUCGCGGGCAUAUCUCCGCAGGCGUCGUCAGUCUCGCAAACAUGUCCCCGCAGGGGCCAUCAGUCUCGCGGGCAUGUCUCCGCAGGGGCCAUCAGUCUCGCGGGCGUCUCCGCAGGGGCCGCCAGUCUCGCGGGCAUAUCUCCGCAGGCGUCGUCAGUCUCGCAAACAUGUCCCCGCAGGGGCCAUCAGUCUCGCGGGCAUGUCUCCGCAGGGGCCAUCAGUCUCGCGGGCAUGUCUCCGCAGGGGCCAUCAGUCUUGCGGGCAUAUCUCCGCAGGGGCCAUCAGUCUCGCGGGCGUCUCCGCAGGGGCCGUCAGUCUCGCGGGCAUAUCUCCGCAGGCACCAUUAGUCUCGCGAACGUGUCUCCCGAGGAGCCUUCGACGCAUGCCGACCUCUUAUACUGAAAACGAUGUGUCCAUUCUACACUCUACCUGUUUGGAGCUGAAGCGGCUGUUCAGGCCUUUAAAAGUCAUUUUCUAGGUAGAUGCCUAUUGACAUUGGAAAAUAUCAUGGCCCUGAGGUUUGUAAGUUCAAAAGUGAAAUGGCGUGUUGUGGGCGUGUUAACGUUGUACCGACGUGUUGUGAGCAAAUAUAUGCUUUUGCAUUC